GUAAGACUGUCGAACAGAAGAAACCGUAUGGCGGCAGAUUUUUGACAGCCGGGAAAAUUGUUUACCUCAGCGCAUUUGUUGCGGGCUUCAGGGAAACGGCCAUUUCUCAGCAGUGGCAGUAGCAAUACGCAAUUUUGCAUGUGCGAUUUCGUGAAUUUUACCAAUGGAACCCAAACUGGAUAGUGGAAGCGUGCUGAAGGCACCGAUUAACUUAAGCGAUCUGCUGAACGGUGGCACCGAGUUCCAGAUCGAUACCGAGUUCAACGAUCACGAGGGUGACGAGUACUUCCUCGACGACGACUACGGCAGUGCGGACGAGGACGAUGAAAGGUACAAGCAGCUGCAGACGCCCUGGGAGCGAACGUUCGGCGAGCUGCGGCAGGAGAUGGACCAGAUCAACGAGCACAUCUACAAGCGCGUCACGAAGGCGGGCGUCGGCGAAUCCAUACCGGACAGUACGCGCGUCGUGAUCGAGUACAAUGCGUUCUUCGAGGGGGAAUCGAAACCGUUCGAUUCGACGACACUGCGCGACAAGCCGCACCGGUUCGUGGUGGGCAAGGGCAAUGUGCUGCUCGGGCUGGAGCAGGCAGUCCGCACGAUGCGUGUCAGCGAGGAGGCACAGUUCGUGAUUGCGUACCAGCUGAUGUAUGGUGAGUUUGGCUGUCCGCCGCGCGUCAAGCCGAAGGCGGACGUGCUGUUUGUGAUACGGCUGAUUAGCGCAACGCCCGUGAGCGAUGGCGAGGCGCUGGCCAAGCUGAACGAAACCGAGCGGCGUACGUACGCGACGGUAAAGGACAAGGUGACCGAGAUUCGCCAGUACGCACGGGACUGCUUCCAGCGCAAUCUGGUACCGAACGCGAUCGUGAAGUAUCUGGAAGCGGUGAACACGCUGCAGACGUGCCAGCUGAAGGACGAAGCCGAGCAGGCGGAGCAGCAGAAAACGCUGAUCGCACUGUACACCAGCCUAGCGGUGUGUUACAAUCGCCGGGACCGGCCGAAGGAUGCCUGCCGGAUGGUGAACGAGCUGCGCCGGCUGUGUGACGUGAGCAAGAGUGCGAAAAUACUCUACCAGGAGGGCAAGGCACUGAUGAGCCUCGGGGAGUACGACCGGGCGCGCAAGUGUUUGCUGCGGGCCCAACAGCUGGAACCGCAGGAUGAGAUUGUGCAGCAGGUGCUGAAGCAGCUGAACGAUCGCUCGGUCAAGCACCAGCAGGAGGAGAAGAAGAUUUGGUCGCGUGCGUUCGGGCUGGCGGAGAAGAAGGAGAAGCAACUGUCGGCGGAAGAUACGGAGCUGCUGGAUAAUAUGAAGCAGACGAUACAGCUGUUUGUGGAGGACGAGGGCAGCAGCACGCUACCGCUGCCGGACGGGCUGACCGAUCGGGAGCUGUCGCUGAUGGAUCAGCUGGCGAGCGAGCUGAACCUCAAGCUGAACGUGCACGUGACGAACAACAAGAAAAACUACAAGCUGCAGAAGUAAUGUAGCGCUAAAACCAAGGCAAAAACCAGGCUUAGCCAGCAUUGUGUCUAGUGGUAUUUGCCCUCAUUAAGCGUUUAACUAGAAAUAAGAUCCUUUUUUUCCUCAGAGGUAGCUUCGUUUGUAUAUUACAGAGUUCUCUUUUAUAGGAAUUAUCGUGCCGGAUGGGGACAUUAUUAGAAAGUGCGUAAAAAUAAUCAAAAAAACGAUGGUCGAAUGAGAGACGAAGAUAAAUAAGCAUUAAAUUGAACAAAACCACGAAUAAAAAACACCAA